UGUAUUUGUACGCCUGACACAGCUAGUGGUGCCCAUCCGUUGACAUUUGUAGAUAUGUAGUCUUGCAAUACCAAGCAAUUUGGGCAUGAAUCAUAAAACAUGAGAAUAUAACAAUUAAUGCACGUGAAUGCAGUAGAAGUGAAAAUUGAUGACAUAAAUGAAGUGGAUUUUAUAACAAGUGUGAAGAAAAAGUGCACGAUAUCAUAACAUGAAGAAAAAGGAACGGCACUAAUGGGUUUUGUAAUUCUGUCGCUGUGGUUAUGGCUGCUGCCAGCGACGGUUUUGUUGAGCCCCCUGCAGAUGGAGGAAGAGCAAGAAGAGCCUUGCAAAACUUAUACUCACGAAGAUUUAAUCUACUUAAACUGUGCUGAUCGUGGGCUCAGCCAGUUACCCGGUGGUUUGAAUUAUAACGCUCAAGUGUUGCUACUGGCUAACAAUAAUUUCGCCACAUUUCCGGAACAAAUGCAGAAUUUUAAUCAAAUUGAGAAACUGGAUCUCUCUGGGAACCGUUUAUCAGGACCGUUACCUGGCUACAUCCAUAGCUGGCAACGAUUGAACGCACUUAACUUAUCAAAUAACAACUACGACUCGUGGCUAAGAAGCGAAAAUACUUUCAAUGUUCAAAAAUUAGAUCUAUCGAAAAAUAAAAUAAAUCGGAUUGAUGAAGACGCUUUCGUAAGAAUGUCCCAGCUGACAUAUCUCGAUUUAUCGGAAAAUCGUAUAAACAAUCUCCAACUCGCAAGUUUUGCAAGAACAACAAGUUUAGAAGUGCUCAUCUUAUCCAGAAACGAUUUUACAGAAGUUCCAAAAUUCCAAUCGCCUUCGCUUAGAAAUUUGCAUUUAAGUAAUUGCCAAAUUACGAACUUAGACAUGAACUCCUUGACUGAAAUGAAUACUCUACUCGAAAUAAAUUUGUCAAUGAAUCAGAUUGAAUCUAUACCUAAUAACCUAGCUUCGAAUUCUUUACAAGAAUUAGAUUUGAGUUACAAUGAAAUAUCGACGAUAAAUGACCUUACCUUUUCAGCAUUACCGCAUUUAGCGGUUUUAGAUUUGAGGGGUAAUGCGUUUAAGGAGGUAUGGUCAACUUCACACUUUGCCUCAAACCCAUUUUUGAGAGAAGUUCGUUUGAAGGGAAACCGUUGGAGCUGUGAAGGUUUUAGAGUGAAUCUGCUACUCACUUAUGAGUUCUUAACAAAGGAGCCGCCAAAAGUUCAUGAUAGGGGAUCAUUGCUCUGUUAUUCCCCUUCUAAUGUGACGAAAUUGAGUUGGCAGCAGGCGUAUAUACGUACUUGGCAUGCCGAUGAAAAUGCUACAUCAGCUUUCAAUAUAAUGGCUGUACUACUCGGUAUGCUUAUAGGAGCGCUUAUUACUUCGUGCGUAUGUCGAGGUAUCAUGGCCUUAAACCCCCCUGCACCACGAAUAACACCAGAGACAACUGCUUUGAAUGGCAAUACAAUACAACGCAGAGUCGAUUCAGUGGAGAUAAGAGUGCCAUUACGAGAGGAAUCACCUCCAACUUAUGACGAAGCCCUCUUAAUGCCUCGCUUGAACACUUCUUUCCAUUCACUACCAGAUUUUGUUGAUGAAGAAGAAGAUAAUACUAAUAAUAGAAGAUAUAGAAGGUCUAGAUCGAUUGGUGAUUUGACUGAAACGAGACCAAGGGUCCAUGACAGACGAUCAGUGAGACGAGCAACAGACGUAAUGAUUCUAUUACGGACUUCGGGGCUGCUAUUGCUCAUAUUUCUGGCAAAUGCGGAUUUUCUGGAUUUCGAUGAUCAUUCAAAUGAAAUCUGCUAUCUGUGCUCGUGUAACACGGAGAGAACUAGCGUGGACUGUUCACGCAGAGGAUUGACUGAUCUUCCUACUGGCAUUAAUGCAAAGGUGACCAAAUUGAACAUUUCAAACAAUGAUAUCUCCAAGUUUCCGGAAGGCAUAUACAAGCUUUACAAUCUUGUAUCUUUGGACAUAAGUGGCAAUCAGUUGAAAGAAUUACCAGAGAAUGCAUUGCAAAAUCUUAGCUCCCUGGAAAUUUUGAACUUAUCCAAAAACCGUUUUGAAUCAUGGAUAAGCCUUAAUCCUAAUGAAGUAUUAAAACCAGCCACGAAUCUUAAAAUAUUGAACUUAUCAAGAAACAAGUUAAGGACGAUGGCAAACUUGGCAAAUCAAGAACUACUUAUAAGUCCUUCAUUAGAAACACUGAUUUUAGAUAACUGCGAAAUAGAUUCCAUUCAUGGACGAUCGCCACUAAGUGGUCUCAUUAAUAUCAGUGUUUUAAAAAUUAACAAUAAUCCUUUACUAAGGAUUCAAAAUCUUAUAUCACCGACAUUGAAGAGUCUUUAUGUAAGCAAUUGUCAGUUGAGCUACAUAAAUCAUAACGAACUAUCGUACUUACCUUCUUUAUUAUUCUUAAAAAUGUCACAUAACUAUCGAUUAGAGUUAUCUUCUACAGCUAAUUCCUUAUUCUCCAGUUCUUUGCGAUAUUUGGAUAUUUCUUACUGUAACGUAUUCAAACCUAACCUGUUUGGAUUCCCAAAUCUUAGAAAAGUUAUAAUUAAUCAUAACAUGAUACGAUAUUUGAGAAGCAACGAAUUUAUAAAUAAUACAAAACUGGAAUAUUUAGAUCUAUCUAAUAAUAAUAUUGGAUCCAUCAAAAGUGACACUUUUCGGGGACUAAGUAUGAUUAGAUAUUUAGAUUUAUCAUGGAAUGAAAUAGCCCAUAUACCUGAAGAUAGUCUUUUAGAAAUGCCGUCACUGACUCAAAUCAAACUUGCUAGAAACUAUCUCAACAGAGUUGGUCACUUAAAAUCUACGUCAUUGUCAAUUAUAGACAUGAGCUCGUGUGAAAUUAGUAUAAUUGGAAAGGAUUCCCUUGAAGGACUUCCUUCACUUGUAGAACUAGAUUUAUCACACAAUCUACUAUCACAUAUUCCAGAUAGCAUGUCUUCAAACACUUUAAAAUAUUUGAAUUUGAAUUAUAACAGAAUAAGUUCCAUCAGUAAUUACACUUUCUUUAUGCUACCCCGUCUUAGUGGGCUUAGCGUAAUCGGAAAUAGAUUUACACAUGUAUGGAGUAGAACUUAUUUUGAUUCUAAUCCUUAUUUGGACAGGCUGGAUCUAAGUGACAAUAUGUGGAGAUGUGAUUGCGCAGAUAGUGAUAUGUAUGAUUUUUAUGAAUAUGUUACAUUGGAGCCAAAUAAAAAAGAGGAGUCAUAUAACCUUAUCUGCAAUAGUCCUGUAACUCUUAUAGGACAAACUUGGUUAGAGGCCUGCUACUUUGUAUGGAACCCCGGUGAAAGAGUGGGGAGUGCUGAUAAUUUAAUAUGGUUCAUAAUUGUUAUGAUUGUUGGGCUUGCUUUGUGUAUUAUACUUAUCAACUUCAUUAGAAGAUCUAUGAAUCGUCGUUUAGCAGCAAUGCAAGCUGACAGAGAGCGGCAAGUUGAAGAGGCUAGAGACCGAUUGAGACAACUGAGAAUGAGAGCAGAGCAGGAAGCUUUAUGCACCACGCCAGAUCCAAGAGAUUUAAUCGCACCACCAUCAUAUGACGAAGCUCUCUCAAUGCCUAAACUGAAUGCCUCUUGUCAAUCUUUGAAUGAAACGAGCACUGGCAAAACUAAACGUAGAAGGGGUAAAAGAAAAACCAAAUCAAGUGGUGAUUUAUUAGAAGAAACGGAAAGAAAUGGUGAUAUACCUGUGUUAGAUGAAGAUGACAUUGAGCUAACAGAAACUACUGCUGAUAGAAAUAAAAGGCGGCGAAGAAGAAAUCGAAGAUAUGGUAGUCAUGAAAUAGCUGAAUUAGAUCAAAGCCCAGGAGCAAGGCGAAGGCGAUUCUCGGAAUACAAUACAGAAGAUGAUAGUGUAAUAGAAGUUGAAGCGGAAUUAGAAAGACCGCUUCGUGCGAGAGUUCGACGGUUUUCUGAUGAAAAUCAACCAAGAGAGAGUGACUUUUGAAUAUCGUGUUAAGAUUUAAUUCUAUUGUAACUAGGUUGCUAACUAGCUCCUUUAGUGUUGUCUAAUUUUGUAAAAUAUUACUAAGUUAUACUAACAAUUAUUGUACAAAGUAUAAUAAAAAAAAAACAGAAUAUUUUGCAUUAUAGUUUCUCUCUGUAACAUAGACGUAAUCUUCGCUAACCAAGAAUUUUCAGAAUGCCACCCGACCGAAGCCGGGGCGGGUUGGUAGAUUUGUAAAUAAUAAUUUUAUAUAUUUAAUAUGAUGUACCUAUUCGAAAUAUUUGCUUUAUCAGCAAAGACUUUUGUUUAAUUUUAUAGUAAUUUAUUUCUUAUGUAUCGACAUCCUAAGUCCCACCUUUUGCUAUGUAUAAUACUUUUAAGAGGCACCUGCUUUGUAAUAAAAAUAAUAUUUAUGCCUA